UCCGAAAGUGACAUCACUCCAGAGCCGGCCUUCGUCGUGUGUCGGUCGGUUGGGUCGAACGGACGCCGAGGGGCAUGGUUGGGUCGGCUUGGGUCCGGAGAGACACCAAAGACCACCGUGACAGGAGGUAAAGAACAGCAGGAACAGCACUGGAAGUUCCAGUCCUGUACGAAACCGCGCGUUCGGGAUUGUCCUCCCGCGAUAUAUACUUCGGCUCUCUUCGGAGAAGCCGAAAGUUACGUCACGUCUUUAGUAUUUGUUCGCGGGUUGGUACCGUUGAAAGACAAUUCGGGGUGGAACGGAACCGCCCUGCCCUGUUUGGGAGUCGAAUGGACCCGCCGAGGGAAUACAAGGCCGUGGCCGGCGGGGGGAUAUGAGCGGGAAGCUACGGCCACCGAAAUUUCACGUUUAAGAAGAAGGUCGCGUCCGAAUGGCAAAAACGAGCAUGGCGAUGACGGGACGAAGAGAAACGCUGCUGGAAAUGUGCUGCUUAAUGCUUCUGAUGACCGGAAGUGGACAAAGUGCAGACACGCGGCAGACGCAGCAUCUGUUGUCCUAUCAGCUGACAACGCCUCGGCCAAUCGGAGGCCGGCCGCGGAGGGAUGCCGACGGCUCGCUGCCUAAUCAGGUAUCGUUCGCCAUCGGCGUGUCGGGACGUCAGCACGUUGUCCGUCUGGAGAGGAAUCGGAUGCUGCUACCCGAUGACUUCAAAGUGUUUACAUACGCCGACAACGGACGAAUAAUCUCCAGCGUGCCGGAUGUCAAGAACCACUGUCAUUAUCAGGGCUUUGUUGAGGGCAUGGAGGGCUCGUCUGUCGCCAUGAGCAUUUGUCAUGGCCUCAGAGGUGUGAUGCAUCUGGACGAGGACAGCUAUGCCAUCGAGCCUUUGGACUCCGCCCCCGAGCAGCACCUGCUGUACCGCCUGCGGGACGUGACGUCACAGCCCCGAGGAUGCGGGACCCCGCAUCGCUACUCCGAACGUAACCGCACCGAGCACGCUUACUCACAGGGAUGGCAGCAGCAGGAGGUCCACCAGCACGCCAGGGCGAAGCGAGAUGUCUUCCAUCGUACACACUAUGUGGAGCUACUGCUCGUGGUGGACAAUGACAGAUACAACACCAUGAACAGGAACAACAGUGCAGUGGUGGAGGAGAUGGUUCAUCUGGCAAACUUCAUAGACAGCAUCUACGUGCAGCUGAACGUACGGGUGGUUCUGGUGGGCCUGGAGAUCUGGACCAGGCAGAACCUGAUCAGCACAGAGGGGGGCGCUGGCGAGGUUCUCAGUCGCUUUACCCAGUGGCGGGAGAAGGAACUGCUGCCUCGACGACGCCACGACUCGGCGCAGCUGAUACUGAAGAAAAGCUUUGGCGUGACAGCGGGGAUGGCGUACGUCUCCACCGUGUGCUCAAGGAGUCACGGCGGCGGAAUUAACGCGUUCACAAACAACAACGUGUUUGCCUUCGCGUCCAUCGUGGCUCACGAGCUCGGCCACAACCUCGGCAUGAACCACGACGACGGCCGAACUUGCGCGUGCCCCGUGCAGGCGUGCAUCAUGAACUCCGGAGCCACGGGUUCCCGCAACUUCAGCAGCUGCAGCGCUGACGACUUUGAGAAGAUGCUCCUGAUCACUGGCGCCUCCUGUCUCCUCAACGUGCCGCACCCUGACGAAGCCUACAACGUCCCCUCUUGCGGGAACGGCCUGCAAGACGUCGGCGAGGAAUGCGACUGCGGUUCGCGCCAGGAGUGCGAGCGCGACCCCUGCUGUGAGUUUAAGACGUGUCGACUCAAACCGGGAGCCGAGUGCGCCGACGGCGAGUGCUGCUACAACUGUCGGUUCAAGGCCGGCGGCACGGUGUGUCGCGCCAACACGGACGAGUGCGACCUGCCCGAGUACUGCAACGGCUCCUCGUCUCUCUGUCAGAGUGAUGUUUUCGUUCAGAACGGUCAAGAGUGUCGGAACGGGCAGGCGUACUGUUACAACGGCCGCUGUCGGCACGCCGGAGACCAGUGCAGGAGCAUCUUCGGAGCUAAGGCCAAGGUGGCGCCGGAGAUCUGCUUCAAAGACGUCAACAGCAAAGGCGAUCGCUUCGGAAACUGCGGAUACCAAAACUACGGAUACAAAAAGUGCGAGAGCAGAAACGCUUUGUGCGGGAAGCUGCAGUGCGCCAACGUGCAGGGCGUCAAAGCGUUUGGCGUGGAGCCGUCCAUCAUCACCACGCCCAUAGGGGGCGCCGUGUGCUCGGGGGUGGACUUCAUGCUGGGCUCGGACGUGCCCGACCCCGGCAUGGUCAACGAGGGCACCAAGUGCGGUCGUGACAAGGUGUGCCUCAACUUUGAGUGUCAAAACGUCAACGUCCUCAACUUUGACUGCGACGCACGCAACAGGUGUCACGGCCACGGGGUGUGCAACAACAAUCGUAACUGUCACUGCCAGGCCGGCUGGGCUCCCCCUUUCUGUGAGCUGGCAGGUUACGGUGGUAGCGUGGACAGCGGGCCGACCUGGAACGACAAGGACACGUCACUCCGGGACGGCCUUCUGGUGUUCUUCUUCGUGCUCGUCCCUCUGGCCGCGAUGGGCGCCCUGGCCUUCGUGCGCAGGAAGCAGCUGCUGCGGCGCCUCGGCCUGGGGUCUCAACGGCGCCCUCAGGCGUACCGGCCCGACGUACCGGCGCCGCCCGAUCGCGGCAGAGGGCCGCCUCCCGUGGCUCGACCGCCACCCGUCGGCCGUGCCGGCGACCCCUCUGGUGACGUGCUCACGCAGUCGGAGACGAGUUGGAGCGCAACCUCAUACGCCACCAGGCCGCCACCGCCGCCGCCUAUGAAAGCCAAAGCAGGCAGUGCGGCGCAACCUCUAAUGCCUCAACGAGCUGCCCCCCCACCGCCGCCCGUGUAAUCAAGAUUCCACACUUUCAAACCGCCUAAUCAGACGCUUCCGACAUAAGCGUCGACAGCUAGCGUCCGGCUAAUGGCGAGUGGUCACGAGCGCCGCUUCUUUCUGAUUGGCUGCUUUGAAAACGGCAAGGUCGGAAGGCAGAACCUACGUGUUUUGGAACGGAUGACGGCGGCAAUCCCUCGCAGUUAAAGAAAAAAAAAUGUUUUGGUUCAUAGAAGUUCUAUUCUGAACGUCAGGUAUGUUCAAAUGCAAAAAAUGAUGACACUUCACCAAUUAAGAACUUGUUUCUAUACAGUACAGUUCACUGAAAUCAGAUUUCUUAUCAAUCAAUCAAAUUUAUUUGUAUAGCCCUUUACAAAAGCCGAAAGGUCCUCAAAGUGCUUUACAACAACGACACUUGGCCAGUUUUUUGAUGGUAGAGACCAUCUAUGAAUAUUUUUUUCCCCAGCUAACACCGUUCGACCCAUCGGCACCGCCGAAUGACCGAAAUUCUGUCUCUUUCAUUUAACACCUGAAAAAUGAGCGUUUGCCCAAAAAUGGGGAGUUGUGACAUUUCAAAACCCUACUUGUCCUAUACUUUUUGUCCAAAUCGCAUCAUUUACGAAUCCAAAAUUUCAAGAAAGGGCUAAUGUUUUUCUUUUGGCAAAGCGUACGGUUCUGCCAAAAUAUUUCCCAUUCAUUUCCAGUGGCCCUAUCAUAGACUUCCUAAUGUAUCGACGGGUCAUAUCGGUCAUGCACUGCGCCUCGCAUUCAAGUAGGGGGCCACCCAGAUCAGGAGGAGCUAUUCACAAACACGCACGCAGCCAUCUAACGCCAGAUUUCUGUUGAAAAAGUACAAAAGCUGUACGCGUACAAACAGGAAGGAUUGUCUCAGGAGUGAUUUGUUCCAGGAUUCAAGGUAAUUAUAAUAUUUUUCGUAGCAUGCAUGCAUUUUGAAACGUUGUAAAAAAAUCAAUGGGAGAAAUCAACCGCUACUGCAUUGGCAUCAUAUUAUGCAAUAUUUACGUAAAAUAAAUGCUAACUGGACGUUUUUGGGUUUUUUUUUCUUUUAACCAGGAAUCGAAACUGUUUUACGUCCAUGUCUAUAAAGAAUUCGGGGAUUUAAGCAUUUAUUCACAAGAAUCUUCAUCGGAAAAGCUCUGUUCACAUCGGGCCGCCGUUAGCUACAUUUACUAAUAGACUAGCAUUGUACUUUGACAUAUUUACGUAAAAUAAAUGCUAACUGCACUUUUUUUUUUACUUUUAACCAAGAAUCGGGACUCUUUUACGUCCAUAUCUAUAAAGAAUUCUGGGAUUUAAGCAUCUAUUCACAAGAAUUUUCAACGAAAAAAGCUCUUUGUGAUUCAACUCGGUCAGCUUUGACGGCCUCGCCAACAACGCAGGCUACCUAUUUAUCGGUCCCGCUCCCCAUGUCCCGUCAACACAUUAUGAAGUCUAUGGCCCUGUUUCCAAUUCCAUUGACAGGAAGUGAUCUGUGAACAAUAGGAAGUGACUCUGAAAGGUCUCCAAACCAACAGGAAGUGACUUGAUUUUUAAAGAUUCUCUCUGCUCGCGCUGUACCGGUGCCCAACCCCGAUUAGGGUUAGGCUUCACGCACAUUGUCAUUGGAAUGUCCCAUUGUUGUCUGAUGAAAUCACAGUACUAACUUUUUUUUCUCUGGGAUCUCUUAGCAUUGUUAGCCACUUAGCUGCCAUUGCCAUAUGCUGCAUUUUGAUUUUAUGGAUGUUUUUGUAAAUCAGAGGAAUCCGAUUUUUGACUUGUGAGCAAGAGACACGGCGUCGUUGCACUUUUUUUUAGUCCCGCUGAACAUUUAAGUCAGCAUUGUACGUUGAAACUUCUUUAGUGAAAAAUCACUUGACCAUCGAUUUCAGAGGAAGGACGCUUUUUCACAAAUAUUCAUGCAAAAAUGCGCUGAACGUGUCGACGAGGAAUAUGUACGAGGAUGUUUCAAAUGGCACUCGGCGUCGCGUGUUUUGCUUUUUUUUUUUUUUUUUUUUUUUUUUAUCUUAACGACUGUCACGUGAUGCGGGAAUAAUUGUUUCUCAGUAAAAAAAAACAUUGGCUUGAAAUUCAAAUAUGAGGCUUUUUGUAUUUUGUACAAAGACAUGAGUGUGUAAUGCCACAUUAAAGGCCCUGUAAAAUAUUGUCAAAAUCAAUACCUUAUUUGAAUGUACUGGUGUUGUUAACGAGACUGCCAAAUUUGAUUGGUAAGUCAAUGUAAUAGUAGGGGUGAAAGUGAUUCCAUCCCUGACACGCUGAAGUAGAAAAAAGUGGGAUUUUCUCCUUGAACAGGUUGUUUUAAUGAACAGAUGAUGACGACACACCAUUCAAGAGCAAAAAGAAAGCAAUAAUCACCUAAGCUAAAUACAUGUAGUUAUUUAUGAACAAUGAAAAGAGUGCCCCGAGGUGUCUACCAGAGGUUUCCGUCUGGACUUUCCCACAAUUUUUGUUAUUUCAGAAUGCCAUCGACGCCAGCCGACAUGUUAAAUUUUUUACAAAGUUACUCGGCAGCUGCUGUAUGUUGUUACCUGCUUGCAAUAACAUUGGGAGAAAACCAUCUAAUAAUAUGAAAAUGACUGGACCAAGUAAAAAUGGAUUAAUCAAUGCAGCAGAUCCAUUACGCUACUUGCAUUAUACUUUGUCAAAAGACAACCUGAUUUUCAUUGAAAUUUUCAUUUUUUUCAAUGAUGUGCAAAAUAAAUCUAAUAUUAUUUUCCCUUACGGUGGUAUGAAAAAGUAUCUGAACCUUUUGGAAUUUCUCACAUUUCUGCAUAAAAUCACCAUCAAAUGUGAUCUGAUCUUUGUUAAAAUCACACAGAUGAAAAAAAAACUGUGUCUGCUUUAACUAAAACCAACCAAACAUUUAUAGGUUUUCAUACUUUAAUGAGGAUAGCAUGCAAAAAAUUACACAAUAGGGAAAAAAAUAAGUGAACCAUUACAUU